AGUAAACUUAAUAAUUAUUACUUAUUAUUUUAGUUAUUUACUGUGUAAUACAAUAUUAAGUCAAGUCAUUGCUUUACUUUCAAUUUGUGAUUCUUCGUGAAUAAUAUUGUUGUAUUGAGAGGUCAAUCAAAUUAAUUAACUAUACAAUCAAUUGAUAAAAUAUUGAAAUGCAUUUUAAGGAUGGAAUCUCUUUGAUAGAGGCAUUCAAUGGUGUCUAUAAAAGAAAGUCAUCAAAAAAGUUAACUGAAUUGACAGCUAAUGACCAGAAAUGGCAGAUCUGGAAAUGGAAACGAAAUGAUGGACACGAAAGACAUAAAAGUAUCAAUCAGUGGGAAGACUAUCUGCAGAUUAAAAGCACUUUUGUCACUAAAGAUGACUUCUGGAGGUCUUAUAAUGAAGUAAACGGCUUUGAGUUUGGUCUUAUGACUUCCCAUUUCAACUAUUUUGUAUUCAAAGAGGGAAUUAAGCCCAUGUGGGAGGACUCGGCUAACAAUAUGGGAGGUCAAUGGGUUAUGGAGUUCCCAGGAAAAGAGGAUUGGAGAAAAACUAGUCAUUUGAAUGAAAUUUGGAUAAAAUUGUUGCUUGACAUCACAGGAAUCAAUACAAACAAUGGAUCACUUAUUGAAUUUAUAAAUGAUAUUAAUGGUGUGGCCUUAAUGUUUAGACAUCAUUUCAAUAAAAUAGCCGUUUGGACCCAAAACUCAAGUGAUACAGUCGUCAAUUUGAAAAUUGGUCAGGCAUUAAAAUCAUUGACCGGAUUCAAUGGUAAAAUGUAUUACGCAAAACACAAUUCAAGAGACAAUAAGAUAGUCAUUCAAAAGCAAAAGAAAACUACCGAUAGUUUUAUUUAAGUAAUAAUUUAAUAGAUUAACUAAUUAUUAUAUAUUUAU